GGUAAUUGGCGCGCAAUCGGCGCAAAAUCCAUGUUCGCCGACUUUGAGCGAGUGCGAGUGCGAGCCGGCGACCACCGGGCAAAACUCCAACUGCAUGGACGGUCAGGGUUAAAGCCGGCUCUCGUAUAGAAAUCCGCAUGGAAACUUGCACGCAUGCUGUGUGGCGGGAGAGCGGGAAGGAACUCACUCGAUCGCCGCACCCGGAGGAUGAGGAGGAGGAAGUCAGGUAUGUACAGAAACCUACCGUACUUACUCCCAUACUCGCUGCACCGGGUGAACUCUGGUGAUCGAUAUAGUGGUCCCAAAACUUUGAAGAUUAUGCCAUUUACUUCUUUUCGACAUUCCCGGCCCCCAUCUCCCGGUAUUUUUCUUAUAUUCUUACCGACGCUGUUGCCUGUCCCGCGCAGUGGGGUUCAUACAUACAGAAGAAGAUUCUGGAGGGUUCUCAUGUCAGGCCGCCCAUGUUUUCCCCAUUCCGUGGUACAUAGAAUAUGUACUACGCCGUCAUCAGGCCGACAGACAUGUGCAUCUGAUGAUGGAGUCGGCCGGCGGCUCUCGGUGUUAUUGCCUACCGGUAUUAGUUGCCAAUGGAGUAGAGUAGGUAGAGUACUUCCUGACCGUGCGAGAGGCGAGUCGACCACUCGAAGCCUGGAAGUGUGCUCCGAACCGCUAGAAUUGUAUGUAUGUAGGUAGCUUAGAGGUCUGACAUCAUAUCGAUACGUGCUUUGCAAGCUGGGCAUAACUACUCUAAUAGUUAGUACUAUACCUAUACAAUCUCCUAAGUGCAUUUGACAACACCGCAGAUCAGGCGAGCCAUAGAUCAUGACACAGACACACUCUUUCUUCCGUCCGAAUGAUUCCUUGGUGUGUAGCCGACCGAUUGGGGAGAAAAUUCCUCACGGACGAGAACAGGCAGAAUGGAUUAUCAUGCUCACCGUACUCGCACCGAAGGUAGAUA